CAAAACGCAGAAUGUCAAAUAAUUAACCACGUACCCAUGUGUACAUGUUCUAAUGGAUAUACUGGGGAUCCGUUCAGAUAUUGUUCAUUUAUCCAACCACAACAAAAUCCAAUCGAACCAACUAAUCCAUGCAAUCCAUCACCUUGUGGACCAAAUAGCCAAUGCAGAGAACUCAAUGGUCAAGCCAUAUGUUCAUGUCUUCCAGAAUAUAUUGGAAGUCCUCCUAGUUGUCGACCAGAAUGUGUAAUAAGUACUGAAUGUAAUCGUGAUAAAGCCUGUAUAGGACAAAAAUGUAAAGACCCAUGCCCCGGAAUGUGUGGUUAUAAUGCCAAUUGUCAAACUAUUAAUCAUAGCCCCAUUUGCACAUGCACUUCAGGAUACACUGGAAAUCCAUUUUCUCAAUGCUAUCAAUUACCAAAGCCUCAAAUACAACAAACUCCACCAGAACCGUUGAAUCCGUGUAUUCCAAAUCCUUGUGGAUUAUAUUCAAUAUGCCACGAUCAAGGAGGCUAUCCAUCGUGUUCUUGUUUACCUCAGUACACAGGUACCCCGCCAAAUUGCAGACCCGAAUGUGUUAUUAGUGCUGAAUGUCCAAGCAACAAAGCUUGUAUGAAUGAAAAGUGUAAAGAUCCAUGCCCUGGUUCUUGUGGACUUGGAGCAAUAUGUGUCGUAAACAAUCAUACACCUAAUUGUUACUGCCCAAACGGAUAUAUUGGAGACCCAUUAGUUUCAUGUAUGCUAAAACCGCCACAAAAUGAUCCAGAAAUACCAAAUAUUGAUCCAUGCUACCCAUCACCAUGUGGUCCAAACGCCAAUUGUAACGAUGGAAAAUGCACUUGCUUGCCAGAAUAUCAAGGAGAUCCUUAUGUUGGAUGUAGACCUGAAUGCAUAAUAAACGAAGAAUGUCCUAGAAAUAAAGCUUGCAUUAAAUAUAAAUGCAAAGAUCCAUGUCCAGGAACUUGUGCUCAUAAUGCAAUUUGUGAUGUGUAUAACCAUAUUCCAAUGUGUAGAUGCCCUGAAGGAAUGUCUGGAAAUGCAUUUAUAGAUUGCCAACCACAACAAAUUUCAGUACUACAUGACUAUUGUAAUCCUUCGCCAUGUGGUCCAAACAGUAUUUGUCAAGAAAUAAAUCAACAAAGUAUAUGCUCUUGUUUAACUGGAUACGUUGGAUCUCCACCAACUUGCCAUCCAGAAUGCACAGUUAAUUCUGAUUGCAUUUUGAGUAAAGCUUGUAGUAAUCAAAAAUGUCGAGAUCCUUGCCCUGGAACAUGUGGAAUUAGUGCUAAAUGUCAUGUCGUUAAUCAUAAUCCGAUAUGCAGCUGUCCUCCUGGAUUUACAGGCAAUGCAUUUGUACAAUGCAGUCAAAUACCAGUAAUUGAAGAUGAACCAGUUCAAAACACGUGUAUCCCUUCACCGUGUGGCCCAUAUUCGCAAUGUAAAGUACAAGGAACUUCUCCAUCAUGUUCAUGUUUGCCUGAAUAUAUUGGAUCACCACCAAAUUGUCGACCUGAAUGUGUUAGUAAUAGUGAAUGUUCGUAUAAUUUGGCAUGUAUAAAUAUGAAAUGUAAAGAUCCAUGUCCUGGGUUAUGUGGAGAGAAUUCCUUAUGUCGUGUUAUCAGUCAUUCUCCAAUGUGUUACUGCUUACAUGGUUAUACAGGAAAUCCAAUGGUUCAAUGUGUGGUUCAACAAGAUGCAGUUAUAAUUAGAGAUGAUCCACAUCCUUGCACUCCAUCCCCAUGUGGAGCGAAUGCCCAAUGUAAAGAACAAAAUGAUGCAGGCUCGUGUAGCUGCUUCCCUGGAUAUUUUGGAAAUCCGUAUGAGGGUUGCAGACCAGAGUGCAUUGUUAAUACGGAUUGUUCGCCUAGUAAAGCUUGUAUACAAUAUAAAUGUCAAAAUCCUUGUCUCGGAAAUUGUGGUUUAAAUGCAGAUUGUCAAGUGGUUUACCAUGUCGCAUCAUGCAUUUGUAAUCCAGGUUACACGGGUAACCCAUACCAAUCCUGUAAUUUCAUAACACCACAAA